UAAACAGGCUUGUAGACCUCAACUUAUCUUUGUUGCACCAAGCUAUCUGGCUCUUUUCGUCUUCACUUCCAUUUUCGAAAACCAACAGAUAACCCGAAGCAACAAAACGACCAUGGCGCAGGAACGUCCUCUUCGCGUACUGAGUUUGCUGGCCACUGCCCUCGCAACACCUCUUCUCAUCGCCAUCAACGUUAUCUCACUAGAGUCUCAUAGUUACCGGUACUGGUACCAUCGCGAUGUGAAUGCAUUCUGCUUUGGCUAUAUCCCCCUCGCUAUGACUGCGGUUGCGUCAACAGCCAGCAUUGUUCACCAACGAAGGCACGAUCGUAUGCCAGGCCCCAAGUUCGCUCUUCUAGACGGAUUGGCGGGUAUCACCUAUCUUGGAAUACUCAUUCCGAUCUGGGCGGUCGAGGUUGACGAUCUGGGGACAGCGGGAUAUGGCUUCUUGGCUGGAUACGCAACAGCUCCCAUGAUCGUUAACAUGUUUGUCCACUUCUACUUCUUUGCUUGCAAGGCUCGGGCAAUGUGGUUUGCGUUGCGUGCUCCGACGGUACAUGAGUGCCCCAACUGCCACCACGACUUGACGGUAGGCACCACGCAGAUCAAAGAGACGAACAAAGGUGGAGCGCGGUACAGCUUGCUGCGGGGAGAAGACUAUCUUGAUGCCGACGCUGAUGCCGAGCAUUACGUCGAUGAGAGUGCAAGGCCUUCCGAGGAGCAGCUCCGACCUGAGGGUGAUGACAAAGAAAACAAGGGCAAGUCCAUCAUGGAUGUCUGAAGUGUGGCAUGGCCUUGUCGGUUAUGGAGCUCUCAUGUUAUCGCAUGAGGUAGGACGCCGGAGUGUGAAGGAACGGUGAAGGGAUUGGCGUUGCGAUAUCGGGUAUAUUGCGAAACGACUCGCAUGAGGGAACAUGUUCUGUGGUCAAAGUUAUAUGAG